UUCUUGCAGCGUUACAAGUGUCUCUGUUCGGAAACUUGGCCGAAUUACUACGGCCCGGCAAAGGAAGGCGUGCAAACACUCGUGUGUCAUCUCGGCUAUGAGCGUGACGAGUACAGAAUGGGAAACACAAAGUUGUUCAUCCGUUUUCCUAAAACGUUAUUCGAUACGGAGGAUGCGUUUCAAAUGAAGAAACACGAAAUAGCCGCCAUUAUCCAGAGCAAAUGGAAGGCUAUAUUAAUGAGGAGGAAAUAUUUAGAGAUGCGAGAAGCAACGAUCGUGUUCCAGAAAAACAUUCGCAGAUGGCUCGCGAAACGCAAAGCUAAAAAACGGCAACAAGCGGUUGCCACUAUCCGCAG